GGGGAGGUGGCAGCGGCUUAUAUCACCGUGAAGCGCCGACAGAAACGGGAAAUUAUCGCUGUUGCGAAAGCGAGAACUUUUACUGUCUUCCUGGUAUUUUCGCCCAAAUCCUUACAAGAAGAAGGGUUCCUGACUAUACCACUCCUUCACCAUGUCUUACAUGUGUGUGUUAUUCAUGUUUGUGCUGCUGACGGUGUGCGUGUUUCACGGCGCUGUCUCCGAGUCUGCGGCUCCGUCUUACGGUGAGCGGGGUUCUGACCUGGGCUUGCAGGUGUUACUGAAAGUGAUUCAGGAGAAGCCGCAGGAAAAUGUGGUCCUGUCCCCCCAUGGAGUGGCCUCCAUUCUGGGCAUGCUGCUCCCUGGUGCCCACGGCGAUACCAAACACCAGCUUCUUGUGGGACUACAAUAUAAGAAGAAAGGGCCCUAUAAGAUGCUUCAGAAGCUCCACAGGACCCUGACGUCCAAGUCCAAUAGCGACCUCAUCACCAUCGCUAAUGCCCUCUUCCCACAAGAGGGUUUCAGCAUGCACUCCGAUUUCCUGACAACAAACAGAGACAAUUUCCUGUGCGAUAGCCGCCCCCUUGACUACAGAAACCCGCAGGGGUCUGCAGAUAUAAUCAAUGAGUGGGUCAGCAACACCACAAAGGGCCACAUCACCAGUCUUGUGCAAGCUGACAUGCUGGACCCCAUGCUGACACGGCUGGUGGCCGUCAACUCCAUCUACUUUAAAGGGCUGUGGAAGGCACGCUUUCAGCCCCAGAGCACCAAGAUGAGGAGCUUCACCAGUGGAGAUGGACAGUCCUACAAAGUGCCCAUGAUGUCCCAGCUGUCUCUCUUCAAUAUUGGUGUGGCAAGCACUCCCGAUGGCGUGAAGUAUAAAGUUAUAGAGUUGCCGUAUCGUGGCAACAGUAUGAGUAUGUUCAUUGCUCUGCCGCAAGAGAAAUCGACACCAUUGGCGGCUGUACUGCCACAUAUCUCCACAGCAGUAGUGCAGGGCUGGGCCAAGCAAAUGAGCCAAACGAAGGUCCGCCUUCUGCUGCCAAAGUUCAUAGCAGAAGCAGAGGUGGAUCUGGAGGGGCCUCUCUCAGCUUUGGGUAUAACCAAUAUAUUUAGUGAGGGGAAAGCUGACUUCAGACACCUCAGUUCAGAACCUGUCUAUGUGUCUAAGGCUCUGCAAAAAGCCAAGAUAGAGGUGAAUGAGGACGGGACGAAAGCAUCUGCUGCAACUACUGCAAUCUUGUGGGCCAGAUCGUCUCCUCCAUGGGUGAUUAUUGAUAGACCAUUCCUGUUCCUCAUCAGACACAACUCUACAGGAACCAUUCUCUUUGCUGGCCAAAUCAACAAACCAUAAAUAAGCCGAUGAAGACGACAGACACCUCACACAUACAUUUCAUUUUUAACUUUGUUUUAGACGAACCCUGCCCUGAUGGGGGCUGUUUGAUUUCUACUUUGUUCUGUGUCUUCGUGCCACGCUAUGCAGCAAUACUGAAAUUGCUCCAUGUCUUUACAGUAUGUUCACAUUUGUUCAUUAGUUUUAUGCAAGUUAAAUAGAGUGACUAAUGUAAACGUUUUUGCAUUUGAGGUGUUUGAUUCAAGUGCUGAGUCUGUUUUAAAUAUUCACACCAGUGUCUUGUCACACUACAAAGUGCUUUUGUAUAGAUCUUUUAUUCUUUUCCUGCAGUGUUGAAUUUUGUAGUUGAGUUACAUUAGUUUGUCUUGUUUUAAUUUUUAAUUUUAUUUUUAGAAUAAAGUACUUGUUUGCUGUAA